AUGGCGCCCGGGACGGUGGUAUUGGGCAAGAGAAAGCGAAGGGUGCCGGCCGACAAGGCCGCCGAUGCCGACGCCAAGGCGGAGAAGGCUGCUGCCAUGGAGGAAGCCCAAGCCAUCUUCAGGAAACACUUUGAGGCCCAGUUCGCUCCCCUUGGAGGGUCCGGUGACGAGGCGAGCAGGCCGGCCGCCAAGGACCGGAGGAAGGCGUCUGCGGGCAUGGAAGCAGAUGGCGGCGACGGUGCGGCAGGGGUGGAGGACAUGAGAUCCGAAACCUCUGACUCUGGGGAAGACGAGGACGGGCAGGAUGAGUGGGAUGGCCUCUCUGCGGAGGAGGAUGACGACGAAGACGAGGGCAGUGAAGACGGCGAGGGCAAUGACGACAGCAGCGAGGGAGAUGAAACAUCAGCAGGGUCCGAAACAGAGGAAACGAACACCCAGGUCGAGGUGGUAGACUACUCCAAGCCCACCCCGUCCCUCUCUACGCUCACGCCCCAGACCGCCCUCAUGACCAAGCGCGAGAUGCGCGCCUACCUGUCCUCCCGGCCGCCAGACGCCGUUUCAAGCGCGGAAGGAGGGAAGGGCAAGCAGGCGGCCCGGGCGAAACACCAGCGACAGGGAGGGGGCAACAACGACGAGGACCCGCAGAACGAGGACUCGAGGUCGCUGCUCGCCAGCGACCUAGAGCUACAGCGGCUCAUCUCGGAAUCCCACAUCCUCUCGGCCACGAACCCGUUCAACACAGCCGCCUCGGGCGCGAGCCACGCCAGCAAGGCCUUCUCCGAGGGCCGCACGCGCGCCCUCACCACCGACCUGCGGCUGCAGAAGCUCGGGUCCAAGGACAGCAUCUUCAAGCAGCAGAAGAUGCCCAUGGCCAUGCGCAAGGGGAUCCUCGGCGCCAGGGCCUCGCGCGAGGACAAGAGGCGCCGCGAGGCCAAGGAGAACGGCAUCAUCCUCGAGAGGCCCGAGGAGGGGGGCAGCAGCGGCAGCAGCAAGAAGGCGAGGAGGCACAAGGGCAAGGGGUCAGACCUGCCUGUCGACAUGCCCGGCAUGGGCAGGAUGAAGGGAGGCGAGCUGCGGCUGAAUAAGCGUGACGUCAGGGCCGUGGAGAGGGAGGGCAAGAGGAUGACAGAUUCUCGUGGGAAGGGGAAGCACCGCAAGCGGAGGUGA